UCUUUAUUCUUGUCAUCGUCAGAGACAAAAGUCUCCCCAAUAAAUUCUUCUAUAUAUAUAUAUAUAUAUAUCAUCUUCUUCAUAGCUUCCGAGUCAUGGAGCCAAACGAGAGACAAUUCAGUGACGAUUUUCUGCUGCUUAAGCCAGAAGAGGCGAGCUUCUAUGAUCUUGUUCGCUUUCUCCUUUUCUCCGACUACUCGGAAACAAGUGGAUUCCUCGACUACACGGAAUCUCUAGAGGCAGAUUUUUGGCGCCGAUGGUACAUCUUCAACUCCCUUCUCGUGCAGAAACUGCUCCUUCUCUAUGGAAAACCUCUGGUUCUGAUAGGGAAUAUGCUGGAGCUGUGGCUGAAUCUUCUCUUAAGAAACGGAGGAUUUCUCAAGCUGUUUUUUAAGUUCUUUACAGGAGAGGUGGUGCUGCCUGAUCCAUCAUUGGCAACGUUCACAUCUGUGGUGGGAUGUCUUGAUGGAAGAGUGGAGUUAGACAAAAGCAUUAGACAAGAUGAUCACAUAAAAUAUAAUGCUUCGCUUUCAAUGAUGGCUUCCAAAUUGUCAUACGAAAAUGCAGAAUUUGUUCAUACCAUAAUCAGAGAUCACUGGAACAUGGAAUACUUAGGGUUCUACAACUUCUGCAAUGAUUUUCAAGGACAACCUUCAACUCAAGCUAUCAUGUUCCAAGAUACAAAGAAUAACCCUAACCUAAUUGUGGUUGGGUUUAGGGGCACCGAUCCAUUUGAUCCAAUUGCAAUUGGGAUAGAUGUGGACUUGUCGUGGAUUGAGAUUGAUGGCGUGGGAAAGGCCCAUAGUGGCUUUAUGAAAGCUUUAGGCUUGCAGAAGGAAAAAGGCUGGCCAAAAGAAAUAGAGAGAGGAAGUGAUCCCCAACAACAAUUUGCUUACUAUGAAGUAAGAAGCAAGCUAAGAGAAAUAUUGCAGAAGAAUGAGAGAGCUAAAUUCAUAUUAACAGGACACAACUUGGGUGGGGCAUUGGCAAUUCUGUUUGCGACCGUUCUAGCCAUGCAUGAGGAGGCAUGGUUGUUAGAUAAGUUGGAGGGAAUGUAUACAUUUGGACAACCAAGGGUUGGAAACAAGCAGUUUGGAGAUUACAUGAAGGAAAAGUUGAAUGAGAAUGAUGUGAGGUAUCUGAGAUAUGUUUACUGCAAUGACUUGGUGCCUAGGGUGCCUUAUGACGAUGAUGGUAUAUUCUUUGACCAUUUCUCUCCCGUCCUCUACUACAAUGUGCACUACAACGGGAAGGUUUUAUGGGAGGAGCCAAAUAAGAACUACUUCUCACUAUUAUGGGUAAUACCUAUGUACCUAAAUGCUGUUUUGGAGCUGAUCCGAAGUUUCAUAAUCCCAUAUAUCAGAGGUUCGGACUACAAAGAAAGUUGGUUGAUGAAAAUGUUAAGAGUGUUCGGAUUGAUAAUUCCCGGAUUAGCAGCACACAGUCCUCAAGUUUAUGUUAACGUCACUCGAUUGGGAUCCUUCCCUAAAGACCUCCAGAACUCACUUUAGCAUAGAAAUUCCUAAGUUGGUUUACCAAAGAAAUCACAAUAGCUUAUAUAAAGGCUUUAGGGUUUCUUUGAGGGCAACCAACAACUCUUUUUAGGAUUUAAAUUGCAAUGUCUUUUUCUAUUUUCCAUUCAGUUUAGAGAGACAAGAAAUACAUUUAUCGAAAUAAUUGGCUUGUGAACUA